UUUGUCUUACAUCUAAUUCUAUCGCAAAUUAACGAUAGAAAUGGAUGGUUUAAAGGAGCAAGUCGUUAAUAGGAGCAGUGUGUAUGUUUCUAUGCACACUGACUCGAUAGAGUUAUCUCCCGAGGAGCUUGAAUCACUGAACAAAUACGAUGAAUCUCACCCUAAUGUUACUUAUCAAGGACCUCCUUUGGAGUAUGAUGAGACGGAUGACACAUCAAGCAAUUCUGGUUGGUGUGGAUCGCUGAGUUGGUUUAUGCACGAAUUCGUCCUUGAUAAUACUCCUGCCUUUACAUUUUUGUUAUAUUUUGUUUUAUUUUCUCUUGGAAUGUGCUUCGGUCCUUUGACUUUGCCAUUGUUGAAGCGUAUAAGGCCUGAUAGAGUCAAUAUCAUUCCAGGUAAUAUGCUUCGCGAGAUAAAAUCGGUUGACACUGUUGGUGCCGGCUUAUCGCAUUUUAGAUCGAUCCUUAAUGCGUUGUGUUUCCUUUUUACCACUAUGGGUGUUAUGUUUAUAACUUUAAUCAUUGUGUUAUGUUUAAGGUACAUUUCAAUCAAGUUGAUUGUCCAACCGUUGUAUCACAUAACAUAUUUGGCUGUGAUUGCGACAUAUGCUAUGGACCCUGCUGCUUCUUAUUGCGUUUGGACAAUUUGUAACUACUUAUUGAUUCGGAAGUACAUCAAUCCAGUCUUCGAAGAUAAUAACGGCUCAUCAAUAUUAUUCUACCGUUUUGUCGGUUUCGGUAACAAUAUGCAAUCUUGGUACGAGAUUGAUCCUCGUUGUUACACCUUAACGAAUUCCAUAUUCCAGUUAUUGAUAUUGAUGGCUUUGCGUAAACUGGUACUGAGUUCAUUACUAUUCUUUUUUGAAGUGACAUUCCUUCCGAAUUACAGUGGCGAGCUGGUUUCAUAUUUGAAGGAGCAGGCUCUAUUGCGCAAGUUUAACAUUGCCUGGAUGAACCUCAUGAACUGUGCUCGCAAGAGUGACCACUAUGCUGUGAUUGAAGCUGUGAAUUCUGCUAAUCGUUCGAUAGAGCAGUUACCUCGUCCUGAGACUCCUAUUACUUACAAUCACCGUGUAUAUUAUGACUCAAGUCACUUUACUAUAUUCCGUCAGCCCAUUAAAUCAGGUCGCAUGUUACAGCGUAAGAAUGACAUGAAGGUAAAGGCAGAGCUUCCUCAAUUUUGUAAGGAGCGUUGGAUUGAGAAGUCUAUGAGUAACAUGUUGACUAACUGGACUGCUUUACAUCAGAUGGUGCACAAUCCUCCAGAAUUACUAUUUCCUGACUUUUACGUUCCUUUAGUUUCUAAGAAGACUGUUCAGGAGUAUUCUCGGUUAUUAUUUGACCACAUAUAUGAAACCAUGAGUGCUUUAGGUCAUCCUCAUAUAACUGAGGCUAUGGGUGAGGAGAUUCGCAAGUUGCACUCUGCUCGUUCUACUAUGGAGAACGUUCCUAACACCAGCCGUUCAUCCGGUCGUCGUUCGGAGCGUGCAUCUUUGCAGCCAACUGUUGUUCAGAAAAGUAGUAAGAAAUCGUCAACUGCUAAGGCAUCUUCUGAGGACGGUGAUUCUGGUGAUGAGAGUAACCACGCGCACGCUGACGCUCCUUUGGAUCCUAUUGCUACUGAGCGUGACGAGAUGCGUGUUAUAACUCGUCGUAUGUUUACUUUACUUCAGCCAGCAGUUGUUGAUGACUUCUUUAAUACCUUUGAUACUGGUAACUGUGGGAGCGUUACGUCGAACAUAUUCACGAAGAAUGUUCUUUACAUGUGUUCUUUAAGGAAGAGGCUGAUUAGUGCUUUGAAAAAUCAGCGAAGCAUUUUGAGUCUUGUUAACCGUUUGUUGAGUACGGCUUUAUGGUUUUUGUUAUGUGUCUUGUAUUUGAUGACAUUACGUGUGAACAAGAACAUUGUGUUGCCAUCGGUUAUUGGUUUUAUGUCGGCUAUGAUUGUAGCGCUAAGUUACAUGUAUAACAGUUUCAUUACUGCGAUUAUUUUUGUGGUAUUAUCAAACCCUUAUAAUGUGGGCGACCGUGUUCGUAUUAACGACGGUGAGGCUAUGUACGUCAGUUCGAUUAGCACAUACAACACUGUUUUCCGUUGUAUUCACGAGAAGAUCGUUAUAUAUCAGAAUGCUCAACUAAGUUCUAUGAAGAUUGCGAAUGAGACUCGUGCUCGUCAUGCUAUAAUGGAGGUGACGUUAUGUAUUAGUGGUAGCACUACUCCUGCUGCUCAGAAGCAGUUGAUAGAGAACGUGAAGAGUUUUGUUAAUCACCAGCCUCGUGUAUAUGUUCACAACGGUUGUUUUGUUUAUGUAUCACAGAUUCAGAUUUCUCACUUUUACAAUUUGAAAUUCUUGAUAACGUUUAUGGACAAUUGGUUGUCUCCGGGCCAUAUUUUCAUUUUACAGAAGGGUCUGUUGUCAUAUAUAUUGAAGCAAUGUGGUAUGCUGGGCAUUACCUACCGUGCUCCUAUGAAGCCUGUUAUUUUGAGUGGGAAUUUCCCUUUUAAAGGUUCUCUUGAUAAUGUUCAGGGUGCUUUACAGUUACCUGCUGUUAUGGAGAUUCCUAAUGCUUGAUUGCGCUUUAAUCCAUUGUAUGGUUUAUUUGCUCUUUCGACAUUGAUUUAAUGUA